AUGCCUCAAAACGAAUAUAUUGAACAACAUAUCAAACAACAUGGUCGUCGUUUGGAUUACGAGGAACGUAAACGUAAGAGAGAGGCCAGAGAAGCUCAUAAGAUCUCUACUAAGGCUCAAAAACUGACUGGUUGGAAAGGUAAGCAAUUUGCUAAGAAGCGUUAUGCUGAGAAGGUUGCUAUGAAGAAGAAAAUACGUGCUCAUGAGCAAUCUAAGGUGAAAGGGAAAUCUAAGCCAAUGGAUGAAAAUGGAGAUGCUUUACCUACAUAUUUGCUGGAUAGAGAACAAACUAACACCGCCAAAGCUAUAUCUUCUUCUAUUAAACAAAAAAGAUUGGAAAAAGCUGAUAAAUUUUCUGUGCCUUUACCUAAAGUGAGAGGUAUUAGUGAAGAAGAAAUGUUUAGAGUUGUUAAGACAGGUAAAUCUAAAACAAAGGCAUGGAAGAGAAUGAUUACAAAGCAUACAUUUGUUGGUGAAGGUUUCACUAGAAGACCUGUUAAGACAGAACGUAUCAUUAGGCCGAGUGCAUUGAGACAAAAGAAAGCUAACGUUACACAUCCUGAAUUAGGUGUUACUGUUUUCUUACCUAUCUUAAGUGUCAAGAAAAAUCCACAAUCACCAAUGUACACACAAUUAGGUGUGCUGACGAAAGGUACUAUUAUCGAAGUGAAUGUAUCGGAGUUAGGUAUGGUUACAUCUGGUGGUAAGGUUGUCUGGGGUAAAUAUGCACAAAUUACAAACGAACCAGACAGAGAUGGUUGUGUCAAUGCAGUUUUACUUGUAUAA